UUCAAACUGAUGAUAAUAUUGAGAAGAAGCAAAACAAUUUAAAGGAUGAUACAUUUAUUGUUAAUCCAAGAUUGCAAGAUGAAUUAUGUCAAUUGGAUAUGGAAAUAAAUUUUGAACAGGAUAUGAAAGUAUAUCUGUUACCAGAACGCCAACGUAUCCAAGACUUUUUUUUACUCAUGGCCAUUUGUAAUACUGUUGUUGUAUCUAAAUAUCCACAUAAAGAUCAGAUGAAUUCCAGUGGUCUUUUUUUAAACAUUCCACCUAUUAAUAAUGAAUCCCAUGUGUUGGGAAGUGGUGAUCUACCACAGGACAAAUAUACACUUUUGAUAAACUCUGUUGAUACACCAAGUAAUUCUGCAGCUUCUACACCAAAUUGGAGACCAAAGCAUUUAGCUAUACCAUCAUUUGGUUAUCGUUCAUAUACACCAACUCCUACACCCUCUCCGGCAGAUUUCCGUCCAAUAUAUGAAGCAGAAAGUCCAGAUGAAAUUGCUCUUGUAGAAGCUGCAUUUCAUUAUAAUUGCCGUCUUUUAAGAAGAACUCCUGAUGCAGCAUUAAUAUUCCUACCAGGUGAAGGUUUGAUAGAAUUUAAAGUACUUCAUAUCCUUCCAUUUGAUUCAGUUCGUAAAAGAAUGUCAGUCAUUUUGCAGCAUCCGUUUACUGGAGAAAAAUUGUUAUAUUGCAAAGGAUCUGAUUCUACUGUUCUAACUCAGAUAUCUCAUAAUCAAACACCUGAAAUGCAAGAAAUUAUUAUGAAAACACAACAGCAUUUAAAUAAUUACAGUAGAAAAGGAUUAAGGAUUUUAUGUAUGGCUAAAAAGAUUAUUUCUCCUGAAGAAUAUGAAGAAUGGUUAUAUGAACAUAGAAAAGCUGAACUCUCAAUGGAGGAUCAAGAAGAAAAGCUUCAUAUAUCUGCAUGCCAAAUUGAAACAAAUUUAGAAUUAUUGGGAGCAACUGGAGUAGAAGAUAGGUUACAGAGUGGUGUACCUGAAACCAUAAAUGCUUUACGUUCUGCAGGAAUUGUAUUAUGGGUUCUUACUGGAGAUAAGCAGGUAUUAGAAACAACAGAGGACACAAUUAAAUUUUAUUUAGAUCAGAUGAAUAAAGAUUUAACGGCUUGGAAUACAUCUCCUUCUAAAAUUAAAUCAUCAGUUUUUAAUUCAUUGUCAAAGUUUUUUAACAAGAAAUCAAAAUCAACUAACUGUAUUUUAAACACACAUCAGUCGUAUCGACAAAAAGGAAUGGUUAUUGAUGGUCGUACCCUAAGUUAUGUCUUGGACAAAAGGUUGAGUCCUCUCUUUUUGGAAUUAGCAUCACGAUGUCAUGCUGUGCUAUGUUGUAGAGCAACACCUCUACAAAAGGCUUCAAUAAUCAAGUUAGUGAAGGAAUCAUUACAUGUUUUAACAUUAGCAAUUGGUGAUGGAGCAAAUGAUGUAAGCAUGAUCCAAACAGCAGAUGUUGGAAUUGGUAUAAGUGGUCAAGAAGGAAUGCAAGCAGUCAUGGCUAGUGAUUUUGCUUUGGCAAGAUUUCGCCAUUUAGAAAGAUUGUUGCUCGUGCACGGUCACUGGUGUUAUGAUAGAUUGGCACGGACAAUUUUGUACUUUUUUUAUAAAAAUGCCAAUCUCAUUUUUGUUUUAUUUUGGUUCCAAUUCUUUUGUGGUUUUACCGGGAGUGUUAUGAUUGACCAAAUGUAUUUAAUGUUUGUGAAUGUACUUUUCACUUCAAUAUCUCCUGUGGUUGUUGGUAUAUAUGAUCAAGAUUGUCGGGAUUAUUUACUGCUGCAGAAUCCUGGAAUUUAUUCCAGAGGAAGGAAUUCAGAGCUGUACACAAAAUAUUCUUUUAUUGUUAAUAUGGUGGAUGCCAUCUACCAAAGCAUUAUUAUAUUCUUUGUACCAUAUGUUAUAUAUUAUGAUAGUACUUUGGGCAUUUGGGAAUUUGGUACUAUAACGUUUACUGCAUGCGUUGUUGUUCAGUUGGUUCAUCUAAGCAUAGAAACUAAAUCUUGGACUUGGAUACAUUUUAUUACCAUAAUUAUUAGCUUGGGACUUUAUUUUGCUUUUGCUGUUGUAUAUAAUUCAGUAUGUAUAAGCUGUCCUGGUCUUCAAAAUCCAUAUUGGGUCAUUCAGCAUUUAAUGAAAACUGCAAAUUUCUGGUUUUGUAUCUUAUUUGUUACAGUCACCUCUUGUUUACCUAGGUAUGUAAUUCAGUCAAUUAAAAAUCAGUUUUGGCCAUCAGAUGUAGUACGUGCAAAAUUAGAACAGAAGGAAAAUAAGAAAUAUUCGGAACAGUCGACAUUGUCCGUGUCCUGGUCAAGAGGAUCGAGCGGUUCGUCUAUUGUCAUAAGGAAUGGAAAUCCUCCCGAAAAUGCUAACGAGUGUCAAGAAGGGAACAUACCAACUGUUUCUGCUAUCUGUGAUUCUUCUCAUUCCAUUAAUUCACCAAAUCAAAUCAUUGCUUGACAUCAUUUAAAUAUUUAGCAAUCUGUCUAAUAAUAAGUCAUAAAUGGAUGGUGCUAAAACAAUUGUCAAAUAACCAGUUGACAUAAGCUGCCUUAUUUUUCUAUUAUCAGUAUUUGAAAAAAACUGAGAUUUUUAAAUAUUAAACAUUAUAUUAAUGUUGUUUAACUAUAUUUGUAAAUGUAAACAAUAGUUUAGUUGAAAAAAAAGACUAUUUAUAUUUAUUGUAUAUAAAUAUUAUUGAUUUUAUUUGGUCUUUAAUGAAAUCUUUGAUAUUUUAUCACGAAAUCAAUUAGAACGAAAUUGAUAUGUGGUUACUUUUUUGUGAUAAUUUAAGAAAAGACAAGUCAGUCUCAAAUCGAUUGCAAACAGACAAUUUUUAGCCAUUGUAAACUAGAUUUUUGCAUUCACUAAGUGAUUAUCAUGAAUCAACUUUGUAUUUUGUAAUUUUAUUGCCUUACAUAUCCAACAAACAAUAAUAUAAGAAAUUAAGAAACUCGGUUUCUCAUUCUAUGAGCAAAUUUCAACAGAUAUUUAUCGAAGGCAAAGGCCUCCGACAUAUAUCAUAGACCAAUGCAAUAUCAACAUCCACAUAAUUUUUGUAUCGAAAAUGUUUGUUUAAAAAUUUGCCAGGAUAAAUUUUAUAUCAAAUGAAAAUUUUGAUGUUAAUGUGUAAUCCUAGUCAUAGCUUUAGUUUAUUGAUAAGAUUUAGGUAAUUUUAUAUUGUUAGCAAUGUAAAAAUAUUUAUUAUGAUUUCACGACUACAGAAUUAAUGGAAAUUAUGUUUUAUAAAAAGUUUUUGUACUUACAUGACAAUACAGGUACCUUGAAUAUUAAUAUAUAUAUUAUAAAUGUUAUGUUUUGUCCUACGUGCAUUAAUCAUGUUUUUAUAAAUG